GAGCGAAUCAAAUUAUUUGGUUGUCGCAACCAAAUUUUGGUUAGGACAACAAAAGAUCAUUUGGUAUUUCAGAACAAACUAUUUUGUUGUGUUAACCAAAUUAUUUUGUUGUCGUAACUAAAUUUUGGUUGGAAUUUAAAAAUGUUCAACCAAAUAAUUUUGUUGGCCUAACCAAUUGUUUGGUUGAGAUAACCCUACGACUUUGUUUCAGCCAAUUAAAAUUUGGUUACAAGAACCUAAAUUGCCUAACCAAACAAUUUUGUUGCAAAUUUUGUUGUCACUAACGAGUAGUCACGAAAAAAAAAUGUCAGAGAAAAGUCAGGGAAUUUUUUUCUUUAAGGCCAUCCGGGAAAAAUCCCUAACCUAAAAGUGUUUUCCCUUGCGAGAUAUUACUCGUAAAUAACUUGAAAUAUUUUGUUCGGAUUUGUCGGAUUAAUUAGAUGAGGGCGAGCUGAUUAAAAAUCAUCUCCAUUUUGACAAGUAAUUUUGUAGAAAAGUAUUGAAAAUCGUGGUUAUAAAAGUUGGAUUUUUGACAGAAGUGGGGACAGCAGGGAUGGGUAAGUAUUAUACGUGACGUAUUAUACGUGGUUUUCUACACGUAUAAUACGUCUUUAGUUUUCUACGUAUGUCACGUAUAAUACUUAGAUCACGUGACGCGCGGGAUUUUUAAAUUUUAGAAAGUGAAAAAUGUGAUUUUAAUAAUUUAUUUCACAAAAUUUUCAAGUAAUUUCUAUUUAACAAUUUAUUCAUUAAUAUGAAAGGUUUUUGAAAAUUUAUAAAAUAAUAAAAUAAAUACUAAUUGCUCUAGUUAGGUCAAACUGUCUGCCUGUCAUCCUGCGGCGAUCGGGCUUAAUUUAUAGGUUAUGCAUCUUCAAAUGAUUGCAUGUGCGUGAUCUGCGUGAUUAUUGUCAAAAAUUUUUCUCCUUUUCUUUAUAAAAAAUAUGAGCACUAAAAGAGGUGGCAGACCAAAACAAUGCUUGGGAGGAGUUGUGUUUUAUUCCGAAAAAUGACGAAAAAGGGAAAAAUUGUGCAUUGUGUGCGAUUUGCAAUAAAAUAUUGCAAAACACUGCAAUUGACAGGUUAAGGAUGCACAGGUAAAAAUUACAAAUUUAAAAUUUUCUAUUUUUUUAUAAGCAAUUUCAGAUUAUUAUAUUAUAUUUUUAUUAUAAUAGUAAGAUCUUAUUUAAUUUGUAUUGUGUUUUUAUAGAAGAACGUGUUUGUUGAUUGACGAAAAUGAGCAUGUCACUUUGGAAACAUCCAAAAUGAGUGGUGAUACCAAAGUGUCAGAAUUUCAAUUUGAUAUUGACAUGUUGGACAACAAUAAUUCGAUGACUGAAUGUGAUAAAAAUCUCAAUGUUUCCAUUUCAAACACGAAGAAACCACGCAAUUUUCAACCUCGCAUAAAAUCAUUCCUGGAUAUAAUCAGUGAACAGGAGAAAAGUGAUCUAAAUCGAUUAGUUGCAAAGCUUUUUUUGGGAUGUAAUGUGGAUCCAAAGGUUGCAGAUUCCGAUUAUUUCAAAAUGUGCAUCAAGUCACUGCGUCCAGGUUAUACUCCACCUUCAUCCAACGAAAUAUCAACAACACUAUUAAAUAAGUGUUAUGAAAAUUUAGAGAAACAAAAAAAAGAUUUCAACAAUAAUCCUGGGAUAUUGUACAUAAUCACUGCAAACGAAAAUAAUUUAAAAUCUGUGAUAAGUUUAAUUCGCCACUCGGAUUUUGAAAUUUCAUUCCUGAAAUCAUGUUUGAUGAGAACGACAACAACAGGAGAAGAAUACGACCGAGAACUAAAUAAAAAUGUUUUGGCUCACAAUGACGUGUAUUCUUUUUAUUUGAAGCAUUUAGACAAAUUAAAACAUUUAUACAUUGUCAGUAAAUUUAAAUUUCCUCAAGCGAUCAGCAAGCAUUUCUUCAUAUUUUUCAUCGAUAAUCGGAAAAUCUAGGCGAAGCCAUUCUUCUAAGGCGUCUGCUUGAGUAGUAUUGGAUUCUUGGAAUUUAUUUAUUAAUGUGCAAAUCCCAUCAAAGAUAAUAACAAAGUUUAAAACUUGUUGUUCGAAAACUUCAUCAAAGAUUAAAUCAACUGCCUCCCUUUUGAAAAUGUAUUAUACGUAGAAAACCUCGAAAAACUCACUUUUACCCAUCCCUGUCAGUAGGGGAGGCGAGCACACAGACAUUGAAUCUAUGUGUCAGUGGCCCAGAAGGUAGCGCCAAUUCUAGCUAGUAAGUGGCCGCUGUUGAACUAACUUACCCCAAAUUACUCCACAUUAAAUCUUUAAUGAAAUAAUUUCCUCACAAUAUUAUUGGAAAAAUGGAGAAGAGCCCCACUCAGUGACCCUUCCUCUAUUAUUCCUCCAAAUGCCAACUCGAAAUACUUUAUCCUUUAAAGAUGAGAAGAAAUUUACGAAACCCCUUUUUGCCAAUGUUUAAACAUUUUUUUCAAUAAUUAUUUAUCAAGAUUAUGAAAUUCCGAGAAGAGCCCUUGGCAGGGUACCUUCCUCUAUUAUUUCCAAAAAAUUACAACCUAAAAUAUUCUAUCUUUUUCAAAUGAGAAGAAAUCUAAAAAACCAUUAUUUUCUCCCGGAUGGCCUUAAAUUAGGUAAAUCAAAAAAAAAAAAAAAAUUUUUUAAUAAAUUUUCUGAUGAAAAAAAAUUUCCAAUCCGAGGCUUGUAAUAUUUUGUUUCCAAUUUGUAUUUUUAUUAAAUAUUAACAUAAAAUAGGGGAAAUGAGUGAAUAAAUGGGGAAUUUUUUAAAAUAGAGGAAAAAUAGGGAAAACACUGUGAAGUCUGAAAUAAGAAUCAAAAUUUUUAUCAGCCCUGAUUGCAG